GGGGUAGAGAGAGAAAGAGAGAGAAGGGAAGAGAGAGAAAUAGAGAAGGACAGAGCAGGGAGAGAGCGUGAGAGAGAGAGAGAGAGGAGAAACGUUCCUUUUGUGUGUCCCUUUUUUUAGUUAAGUAUUACAUGAAGGAGAAAGCAUGGUGUCGGACCAAGAAAUAGCAAGAGGGGUGGAGACCCUGCUCCGGCAGUCCGACCCUAGCUCCAUCACCACGUUGAACGGUGUCGUUCAGCAGCUGGAAGCCAAGCUAGGGCUCGACCUCUCCCAUAAAGCUGGCUUUAUAAGGGACCAGAUCAACCUCAUUCUCCGUCCCCCUCAAACGCAGACUCAACCACCUCCAAAGGACAGUUUUACCGUCCAACAUCAUCCACAAUUCCCUUCACAGCAACACCAACAAUUUCCUCCCCAUUUUGCCCUCCAACAUCACUUACAAUUCCCUUCCCACGACCUCAACUUCCGCCAGCACCCUGCGCAGCCUCAGCCACAACAGAAUGUUUCACUUAUGGCUCAACCACCGCCGCAGGUUCAGCCCCAAUUGCAGCCUCAACAGCAACAGCUGCAGUCGCAGCCGACUGUGACAAAAGCUGAAGUCUUCUCUCAAAAUGCUGCCACAGUUGCCACCACAGAAGUGCCUAAAGAAAGUGCUCCAGUUGGAGCCAAAAGAAGAGGUGGACCAGGGGGUCUGAACAAAGUUUGUAGUGUUUCACCAGCACUUCAAGUGAUUGUUGGUGAGCCAGCUUUGCCAAGGACUGAGAUUGUCAAGCAGUUGUGGGCAUAUAUAAGGAAGAACAGCCUCCAAGAUCCAAGUAACAAGAGAAAGAUAAUUUGUGAUGAUGCCUUACGCAUGGUCUUUGAGACAGACUGUACUGACAUGUUCAAGAUGAAUAAACUGCUAGCAAAACAUAUUACCCCACUCGAGCCUACAAAGGAGUCAAGUCAAAGUAAACGAGUGAAAGUAGAUGUUGAGUCCAAAACCGAAAGUGUUGAACCAAGUGCCAACCCUGUAAUAAUGUCUGAAGCUCUUGCCAAAUUUUUGGGUGCUGGAGGAAGGGAGAUGCUAGCAACAGAGGCAGAAAGACGUGUUUGGGAGUAUAUAAAGGCCAAUCAUUUGGAGGAUCCAUUAAAUCCAAUGGUGGUACUUUGUGAUGAUAAGCUUCGUGAGCUUCUUGGAUGUGAAAGCAUAUCUGUGAUGGGGAUACAUGACUUGCUACUACGUCAUCAUUUAUUUAAGCACUAGCUGCACUCCUGAGAUCCUGGUAGUGUUGACCGGGGCAUGGGACCUUGGUCUUCUUGUUACCUCUGAUGGUAGAACAGAUAGUGAAGACCUUUCACUUUUCUACUUGUUCUUUUAUGUUUUUUGUGCAUUGACUUCUUUAGAUGAGAAGCAUUACUACACUAGUUGCUUGUUUAUGGUCAUAAUGAAAAUGUAGCAUGGGCCCAUGGCAAGGAUAUUUUGUAGUUAUGCCAUCAGCCUGUAUCUAGGCGUACUUGUUUGUUUUGUUGUAGACCUGUCUUUUCGAUGCUAACCUCAAGCUAAACUGAAGGAAUUCGUAAUGGAAAUAUAAGUUGUUCUAACUUCUCACAA